AUGCAGGUAGACGAGCCGGAGACUGUCGUUGCUAGCGGGGAGAAGAAGGAGAAGAAGAGCAAGAAGGAGAAGAAGGAAAAGAAGAGCAAGAAGAGCAGUGGCAGUAACGUCAACGACAACGACGUCCCCGGGGAAGGAACCUCUUCCUCCUCGGUCACCCCUGCCAACCUCACCGCCGCGCUCGCUUCGACGGCCGAUUCGAAAGCAUACCUGGAGAAGCACAACAUCACCCUCACCCCGGACAUCUACAACAUCCUUCUCAACUUUUCCACCCUGCCCAUCAACCCGGCUUUGCGACCUUACCUCGCCUCCUUCACCGACCCUACGCCUAUCCAAGCUUGUUCCUGGCCUCCGCUGUUCCAGGGUAAAGACGUCGUCGGAAUCGCAGAGACCGGAUCGGGAAAGACCCUCUCGUUCGGCCUCCCCGGUCUGAACGUGCUGAGCACGACCUCUUCCCCCGUGGACGCCAAGGGUAAAGGCCGUGACGCCGGCAAGAUCAGGUUACUCGUCGUCGCUCCCACUCGAGAACUGGCUACGCAGACCUAUACGACGUUGUUGGCCCUGGGCAAGUUGGUCGGGAUCGGAGCCGUCUGUCUUUACGGAGGUGUAGGCAAGGACGAGCAGAUCAGGGAGUUGAGGAAGAAAGAGACGGCCAUCGUCGUCGGUACGCCUGGGCGUGUGAUGGAUCUCGCCGAUAGCGGGGACGUCGAUUUCUCCGGCGUACAAUACCUCGUCUUGGACGAAGCCGAUCGAAUGUUGGAUCAAGGGUUCGAGAACGACAUCCGAAAGAUCAUCGGGUUCUGUCCCAAGAAGGAGGCCGGGAGGCAGACCGUCAUGUUCUCGGCGACUUGGCCCGAAUCGGUCAGGAGGCUGGCGAGCACUUUCUUGACCGAGCCCAUCAAGAUCACUGUCGGUAGCGACGAGUUGAGCGCCAACAAGCGAAUCCAGCAGAACGUCGAGGUCAUGGACACUUCGCGUGAAAAGGACCCGAGGCUGUUGCACCACCUCCGAACGUUCAUGAAGAGCCACCCUAAAGACUCUCCCUUGCCCGCCCGAAUUCUCGUCUUUGCGCUGUACAAGAAGGAAGCUACCAGGCUCGAGUACACGAUCAGGAACGCCGGAUACAAGGUCGCCGGUCUGCACGGCGACUUGAGCCAGGAUGCGAGGUUCAAGGCGUUGGACGCUUUCAAGGAGGGCAAGGUCAAUGUGCUCGUCGCUACCGAUGUGGCUGCUCGUGGGUUGGACAUUCCCGAUGUCCAGCUGGUCAUCAACGUGACGUUCCCCUUGACCACCGAGGACUUUGUGCAUCGAUGUGGACGAACCGGACGAGCUGGAAAGGAAGGAAAGGCCAUCACGUUCUUCACCGGAGAGGCUCACGAGAGGUCUUUGGCUGGAGAAUUCAUGCGGGUGUUGAGGGAUGCUGGGGCCGAGAUUCCGGAGGGUAUGAACAGGUUCCCUUCGACCAUCAAGAAGAAGGAGCACGGUUCGUACGGUGCUUUCUACAGGGACAUCUCUGACGCUCCCAAAGCCAAAAAGAUCACUUUCGAUUGA